ACAAUAUAUUUCAAAAUCCAAAACUGACAAUUUGAUGUCUAUAUAUUUGAAAUUUUAAGAAUCUUUGGUGGAUGUUGCAGGAAUUCACGUAUUAUCAAUUAAUUAACGCAUAAUUUCCAAAUUCGGCAGGGAAUUUGUUUCUUAUACGUUGCAUCGAACUUAGUUUGUUUGAUGAAUCCCCGCAAGAGGUCGCGAUAGGAACAUGACGUCAGAAUCAGUCAGAAAUAUGUCGGCAUUCUGAUAGUACAAGUGAUGGUUAUUGUGUAAAAAUAUUUAUAUUCGGUUAUCCAAAUUGUGUAAAAAAUUAGUGAAAAGACAAUUUAAUAAAUUGUAAUUAUGGCUGCGAUAUAUGGGAAUAAAGACUUGAUAGUUGGUGGAAAGUAUCGUCUAGUUCGUAAAAUCGGCAGUGGAUCAUUUGGUGACAUAUUCCUCGGCAUCAAUAUCUCAAAUGGGGAGGAAGUAGCUGCCAAAUUAGAGAAUAUCAGAGCGAGACAUCCACAGUUAUUAUAUGAAAGCAAACUUUACAAAAUAUUGAAUGGAGGAGUAGGAAUACCACAUAUAAGGUACUAUGGCCAAGAAAGAGAAUUCAAUGUUCUUGUCAUGGACUUGCUGGGACCGUCACUUGAAGAUCUCUUCAACUUUUGUUCUCGUCGUUUCACCAUAAAGACUGUACUCAUGCUUGCUGACCAGAUGAUCGGCCGCAUGGAGUAUGUUCAUUGCAAAUCUUUCAUACACAGAGACAUUAAACCAGAUAAUUUCCUUAUGGGUAUCGGGCGCCACUGCAAUAAAUUGUUCCUCAUCGAUUUUGGGUUGGCCAAAAAAUUCAGAGACCCUCGAACACGGUUGCACAUCUGUUAUCGCGAAGAUAAAAACUUAACCGGCACAGCACGUUACGCCAGCAUCAACGCCCACUUGGGCAUCGAACAGAGUCGUCGCGACGACAUGGAAUCCCUAGGUUACGUGCUCAUGUACUUCAACAGAGGCUGUCUGCCGUGGCAAGGACUGAAAGCGGCAACCAAGCGACAGAAGUAUGAAAAGAUUAGCGAAAAAAAGAUGAGCACGCCCGUAGAGGUGCUUUGCAAGGGUUUUCCUGCCGAGUUUUCGAUGUACCUGAAUUAUUGCCGUGGUCUCAGAUUUGAAGAAGCGCCCGACUAUAUUUAUCUACGGCAGUUGUUCCGCAUCUUGUUCCGUACCCUCAAUCACCAGUAUGAUUAUACCUUCGAUUGGACGUUGCUCAAACAAAAGACAACCAACCCCAAUGCGGGUUCCUCCGCGCAACCUCAAACAUCAACUGCAGUUGCACAGCCUCCAGUGAACCGUGACAAAAAAGAACAAGAUGAAAAGAACAAGCAGAUAAAUUCUAAAGGCAACCAUUAACACACCGUCUCCGCAAAAAGAAAAUCAACAUUACAUAUUAAGUAAAACACGAAUUAUUAUUUACUUUGUCUAACGGUCAUAUUUACGGAUAUUGUAAUAUAAAGUAGAAAUAAAAUUUUAAAAAUGCAAAAAAUAUUUUGUAAUGCAUGGGUCUUUUUUCAAAUCUAGAAAUGGUAUCCAAACUUUCAGGACCUGAUCCUGUUUGAACAUACCUAAAAUGCUUAAAUGUACUGGAAGUCUUUCAUUUGAUCAUUUCUUUUUUAUUUAAUCCUUUUGUUUAUUUUCAAAUAAAGAUUGAUCUCUGUGCAAGUCAAUCUCCUUGAAAAAGAAAUAUGUAUGUAUAUCAACUUUUGUAUUGAUAAAUCUACUCUUGUAAUAAAACAUGAUCGAGUUGUAAAGAAUAUUGUUUCAAUAUAAAAGAACUUUCCCUAUUCAUUCAUAUAUCAGUAUUAAUAUUAUCAAUUAAAAUUAUAUGAAUUGCCAUAAUUUUAUUUUCAAUGUUGGAAUAUUUAUUUUGCUGAUAUUAAAACCAAGAACACUCACAAUCUGCCAAGUAAAAUGAACUACUCAAGAGAGAUAACCUUGAAAGGACCCAUGCGAUUCAUAUGAGGUUAGGUCGCUUACAAAAUAGACUUUAGCCUCAAAAAAAUGUGUGAGAGAAUGCCUGAUUGAUACGUAGAGUGAUUGCAAAUAUGGCUGUAUUAUUUAAUAUGAUAGUAUAGAAAUAAGUUGUAAAAUAUUAAUUAACCUUUCGGAUAAUAACUGAGUACUAUAACGUCAAUUUCAUGUCUUUUCACAUUAAGCCUAUUGUUCCAAUAACAUGAUGUGCUCCAGUAAAAAAUAAAUAUCAUUUAAACGAAAUAGUGUUUUCUACUUAAUUUUGUUUUUUUUUUAGUUGAAACUCACGAUGAUUUUAGUUUCGGUUUCAUGUAGUGAAUGAACCAAAAAUAUUCUGAAUGUUUGUAGGGAAAACAUUGCAUAGAGUAAAUUUAUUUUCAAUGUCUUCAUAUUUACCAAUCGCUAGACAUUGAAGAAAAUAUAGUAUAAAUAUCUGAUUUUCAUUUAUUUAUGCAAAUGCUACACUUGCUUCAUGUUUAUUAAUUGGUUGGACUGAAAGUGAAUUUUAUAGUUAACUUAUAAUUUCUGUGAUGAAAAAACAAGUUAAGCUAUGAGUAGUAUUUUCUCAGGAAAUUUUCAAGACUGAAGCAAGUUAUGCAUUUCAUUGAAUAAUAAUGAACAUGUACUCCAAUACCUAUAUGUUUUAUUAUAUGGUAUCCUAAUGAACUGAGAUUAUCCCAGAUUUCACUUCGAUUUCUUUUGGCAAUUUCACAAAAUGACUUAUGUAUUUAGAUAUAUCUGCUUCAUACCACAUAAAGAUUCUAGGUGUCCUUGUAUAUACCCUAUUAUUUGUGAUGGUGAAAAAUUUAGAUUUUCCACGUUUUAGCUGGAAAAUGGUUAAUGUAAUAGCUUGAAAGAUAAUUUCAGUUGAGAAAAAAUUUCAAGAAUUGCGCCUAAAAUUCGUUGUUGUUUAAUAAAAAAAUUUGUUUAUUUUGGAACGUAAAAACUUGAUUCAAUUUGUUAAUUUGUUCAUCAAGAACUGACUCGUUCUGUAAAAUUAUUUACAUGGUUUUUUGAGUUAUCUUAUAAAGAAUAAUUGGAGAGCACAAAAUCACAUUUUUUUGUUAUAUUUGAUGAGGCUUUAAUUUAUUAUAGUCAUUAUAUGUUUCCAUAAAAAUAUUAUACAAAAAUAAGGAUGUAGGAAUGAAAGUUAAAUUCUUCAUCAAGUUGAUGUGUACUACAGUUGUGAAUAAUAUUUCAAAUUAUGCUAUAUCUGUCGCGUUAUUAUCGAAAUUCAUCACAAAUUCAUGAAAAAAUGUGUACAAAUGUUCUGAAGUCUCUGAGUUUCAUAUUAGAAUAAGAUUCUUCUAAUUGGGUCCCUUGAUAAAGACUCCAAAGUUUUUGUAUUUUCUUAGUUUGUUUGUGUAUUUUUUAUAGGGAUUUGUAACUUAUUCCAAUUAGCAGUGAAUGAGAAGUUUUGAGAAAUUAGUCGAGUAUAACACUAAAUCUAAAUUUUUUUAUUUAAAAAUAAUGGAAAAAUCUCGACUGUGAAAUAUAUUGUUAUCUAAUCUUUAUGUCAAGUCGAUGUGUGUAUUACUAAUAUUAAACUAAAGAUUCUGGCAGAUUUUAAUUCGCACAUGUGAACAAAACUCUCAGUAUAUUCAGUAAAUAUUCUCCAACAAUUUAGUAUUCCUGAUGAAGAUCAUAUUUAUAUUUAAUCUCGAAGCGAAAAUAUUUUCAGCUUUGACGAUUGUAAUGGAGGAUAAAUUAAUAUUGAAUUACAUUGGUUUUGACUGCAUACCCUUUGAAUAUAUAUAUAUGGAAUACUACUGUAUAUUUUAAUGUCUCAUUUAGUUGUAAGUAUCUAUAUAAUUAUGAAGGAAUAGUUAUUUUGGCGGAAGCCUCCGUAAUUUUAGUUUUGGACAGCUUUCAAAUUUUGUAAAAAUGCUGUUUUAUGAGUUGAAAGGAAUAAAAAUUAAAACUCCUUCA